GUUAACUUGACUGUUGAUGCAACUUGAGAGCCGAAAGCUUGGAAGCUGGGCAGGCGCGCUCCUCCUUGGGAUACUAAGCUUUUAGUGCCACCGCAUGAGCAAAGGCCAGAGUGAAAAGGUUACUCUCGAAGCAGGAUGGCCGACACUGAGGAGAAUCGUGAUCUUCAUGGGCACAAUCGACAAGACCUCCCGGAAAGCCUGUCCUUAAAGCAAUUGCUCCAGCUUCGCUUGAUUCUGUCCUAGAAAGGCUCGCCCACCGUGAGCAGGGUUCACCCCCUAAACCGGUCGUAUCGACGCUCGGUACCCCUGAAUCUAGCGCUCUUCUGGGCCUCAGCUUUGUCAACCAGCAUUGUGGUCGAAGUUGAGUGCGAGGGCUGAGUGGCAGGUUGGAAGGGCUUAAGCACCGCAUUCAAUAGUCUCCGCGAGACGUCACUGGUGAGGUUCUAUGGCGUCUGCCGCAGUGCUCUUCAAGGCGGCCGGGGCGAAGGCUUUAUGUUCGUGCGGGCAGGCAGACAUUACCCCUGCAAUGCCCCAGCGGUUUGGUUUCAGGGCACUUCCUCGCCCUCUUUUUGAGGGAUCGAGGCUGGGCCGGUUCCAUUCCGAGUACAAGGUGUGUUCAGGACUGAGGCGCCUCUCGCCGAGGGCAGAGACCCCCCGGGGAAGAGCAGAGUCCGCUGGGAGUCCCAGCGGGGACAACCGUAAGCCUCAGGUGGCAGAUCUCAAGGCACAGGCUCUCACGCCGAGUAUCGAGCGUGCGGAGAAGAGAAUUGAACGUGUGGAGAACCAGAUCGAUGUUGUGGCUGCGGCUGCGGCUGCGGCUGCGGCUGAUGGCAAGAGCACAGAGUUGUUGGAGCAAAGAUUGGUCGCGUUGGAGCAAAGAUUGGUCGCGUUGGAGCAGCAGAAGGCCGCGCUGGAGCAGCGGCUGACCGCGCUCAUGCAGGCGGAGGUAGAAAGUCUGAAGCUGCAGCGGACACCAGCGGUGGCGGCUCAAGACCCUGCAGUCCUGGAGCGGCUCCAGAAAUACGCGGAGUACAUCGCGCAAGUAGACAUCGCUAGUGGAUUCAUCGACAUUCCGCACGAGCUCAGGGAGGGAAUGCCGCCAGGCCUGAGGGACAGCAUUUUCAUCCGGGAAUCCUAUCGCACGGUGCUCAAGAAGCUCGAGGCUCUUGGGAACGACUUUGCGGUCGUCCUGAGUGGCACUCCGGGCAUCGGCAAAUCAGCGUUUGCAGUCCUGCUGUUGCACCAUCUAGCAAAGCAGGGGGCACAAGUGGCAUACAGGUACAAGGAUGAGGCUACACGGGACACCAUAAUCUUCUUCGAUUUCUCAGAUCCAUCCGCCAUCAACGUAAAAAGGGCCUCUGAAAGCGCUGCUGACUUCCCAUCCCUUGAAUCUCUCUCUGCGCGCCCCACUGUCUGGCGAGUGAUAGAUGGACGAGCGCCUCCUCACACGCAGUUCCGGGGUUACGGUCGCUGCGUGGUACUGUGCUCGCCCAACAGAGGCAAUUACUGGGAGUUCGUCAAGGGACGGGGAUGCUUCCUGUGGUGGCUCCCAGUGUGGACGCUGAAGGAGCUGGAGGACUGCCGGGAGCACCUCUACGAGCAGGUGUCGCAAGAGCAGAUGGAGAAGCGCGCGAAGGAGUUUGGCGGGCUCGUCAGGCACGUCUUGGCGAACCCUACCUCGUCUUUUGACGACAUCGCGCGCACGCUAGAUGCCGACCAGGCCGUGGAGCUGUACAAUCUGAGCGCCCAGUCUUCGGACAGUGAAGUGCGACACAUUUUCGCGCACAUCGAGGCAACAGAAGACCUUGAGUGGGUCGGUUACACCCUCGGUUCACAAAAAAUCAAAGAGCUUGUUUACCAGAAAGCUAAGCUCGGCAGGUGGCGGGACCUGACGACGAUGCUGCGCGCUGCGGCUGAGGAGCCGACCUUGGGCAAACUGACCGGGGAUCUUCUAGAGCAGAACGGGCAUGACAUGUGUCAGCAGGGCAUAGCGCUAGAUCCCGAGGAUGUCAAGGAGGUGUCCAAGGGGGCAGUGGGUCGGCCACGAAUGGAGACGGAAGCGGAGAAGGAAGCAGAGAAGGAACAGAGGGAGCAAGCAAUCAAGGAGAUCCAGGAAGCGUUUGGGGGCAGCAAGGAAAAGAAGUAUGACGCACCGAGCAAAGGAAUCGACUUGGCCAAGCUGGAACGGCCCACGUAUGUGAAGCCGUUGGUAAAAACGCAGGAGUCUUGGGAUUCACUAGUUUGCUCGGGCGACGGCUGGUCAACGCAGUCCAGUUCACGCGCAACGUCCAGCAUCGAUGUAGCGCAGAAGGGAUGCGGCAGCUGGUGGAGCGCGCCAGCGCAAGCGGAGUGAAGGUUCGUUUAGUGCAUGUGGUCCCGACAGAGAGGUUUGAUGAGUACGGAUGGCAAUCUUGGUCCAAGGGCAAGAAAGUUCUAGGAGAUGAGGAAGUCCCUGCCGUCCUCAAGAGCGUAAAGCAAUGGGUUCUUCGAUUGAAGCUUCCUCUGGCAGGUAGUUGAGCUUCAUUGCCACUAGUGCUUGUGCCCGAGUGAACAGGCAAAUGCAAAUGUACAGUGGUGCGACCCUACUGGCACGUUUUAAGGCGAACGCUCUCCAUUGCAGAAAAAGGGAAAGGUUAUGGUGAAGCGUGUCUUGGCUUUAAUUGUAAGUACAGCCGACGGCUUCGAAACAGCUGAUAGCUAGACUCGGACUUUGGAUAACUGAACAAGCUGCCAUGCAUUGCCUGCUUGCAGAAGCAACUAAAGCAAUUGAGGCAUUUGGAGCUUUCCUGCUCAAAUAUUGAAUUGGUUAGCCCCAUAUCGCGGUUGUCAAGGCAUAAGGUGUGUAGAUUCAAGCUGUUGAAUAGCUAGGUAAGCAAAGCACUGCACGCCAAUCCGUUUACUGGACAUGCGAC